CUUCCAAACAAGAUCUCUUGCUGGCAAGGCAAUUUGGCGCUGAACAAACGGCCCAAUAGUGUAUCUUUUCUGUUUGGCCACCACCUCUCCACUCACCUCUCAUCAAGGCUCACAACCAACCUUGCUUGAAAAAGCGAAACGAGUUGUCCUUUCAAGCCGAAGCUACUACUACAGCUACAAGCAAAACAGCAUCCACCAUGAAGCAAUCAACAUUGAGUUUGCUCCUGGCGGUGUCUCUGGCGUUGGCGUUGUCCUCGCCAUCUCAGGCGUUCGAUAUGUUCGGUCUCAAGCGGCAUUCCGACAAGGACGGCGUCCGUCGUCUCGGCUCCCACAGCAAAUCGGGAGACGAAUCCGGAGACAAGUCCGGCAAAGACGGAGACAAGUCCGGCAAAGACGGCAGCAAAGACGGCAGCAAAGACGGCAGCAAAGACGGCAGCAAAGACGGCAGCAAAGACGGCAGCAAAGACGGCAGCAAAGACGGCAGCAAGAGCAAUAGCGGAGAUGGAACUGUGGACCUUGAGAAACUCCGAGAAAACAUGAACAACUGGUUCCAGGAAAAAGACUCCAUGGACAGCCUCGAUGGUCCGUUUGAUGCCGUCAAAGUUCAACAACACAUCGACAAGGUCUUGGAGGUCAUGAGGACCCACAAGAAGAAGAAAUGCAAGAAGAACGUUGGUAAAAACGGAAAGAAGAGAGUCAAGAAAAAGUGCAAGAAGAAGCGUGAAGCCAGACUCGAGACGAAGGGCCGUGGCAAGCGCAAGCCCCAAAAGACCAAGGAGGAAGCCGAAAAGACACGUGUCCCAGGUGCCUGUGUCGCUGAUCACUGGUGUGCCGAAAUCCGUGGAGACCCACACAUUGUUACGUUCGACAAACUCCGAUUCGAUUGCCAAGGCGCUGGUGAAUACAUCCUCGCCAAGUCUUUGGAUAGUCCCUUUGAAGUCCAAGGGCGAUUCUCCAAAGGCGGAGAUUCCAGAACUACCCGUUCUGUUUCCAUCACCACUGCCAUCUCCAUCGAUACAGGCGUCGGCGGCGCACCCGACUUUGAUGUCUUUACAGAGGAAGUUGAUGGAGAAUGUGCCGUCAACUACUACGUCAAUGGAACUCCCGCUGACUUUGGACCCAACGGAAAGAGAGUCGACGGUAUUGAGUUUGAUGACAACUACGAAACCGACAGGGGUAUUGUCGACUACAUCUUCUUCACCCACUCGGCGGUCAUGUUCACUACCAAUGCCAGAAAGGGAAGGCUCGGAUGUGUCCUAGACUCCAAGCUGUGUCUCCCUCCUCAAAUGGUUAGAGACGAACGAAUCAUUGGUUUGUUGGGAUCACCCGACAAAAAUGAUAAGAACGACUGGAUGUCCCAGACUGGAGAAAACCUCUUCCACGGAGGAGUUCUUGAUGAUACCACCGCACAGGCGUACUGCUCAUCCAACUGGUGUGUUGCAAAAGAAGACGAUUCCAUCUUUGGAUACCUCGACGACACCUCGUGGUCCGACUACCACGACUGUGAUGGCAAAGCCGAUGAGUUGCUCAAGGCACUCGAAGAUGCUCCCUCGGAAGAAUGUACACAGUGUUGUACCGGUAUCAUUAUUGAAGCAAACUAUAAGUGCUGCCUCACCGAGUGCGCCACACAAGGUACAGAAGGUUGUCGGGAUGAAAUCAUCAGUCAGGAAGUCAUGGAAAAUGUCGAGCGACAGUGCCCUGAACCCAAGCCCGACAGGCCUAAUGACAAGGAGCCUUCCUGUGGCUCAGUUCCCAAAUUCUGCGCAGACACUGGUGCAGAGGUCUUCAAGGUGGGUGAUGACUGUGGAUAUGCCGAAUGUCCAGCCCCAGAGCCCGAAGAGCCCGGUGAUGACAAGUCUGGACCUGAUGGCUGCGGUCCUGAAGUGGAAUCAUGUCCCGAUGGAACCUUCGUCCGCAUGUCUGGUCCAGAGUGCAAGUACAAGGCAUGCCCUUACGGUUGUGGUCCCGAAAAGAAGGAAUGUCCCAAUGGAGAGAUGGUCUGGAAGGUUGCACCGUCCUGUGACGUUUACGAGGAGUGUCCUGUCGUGAAACCACCAGCUGAGGGAUGUGGAGCCACUCCAAUGCCCCCUGGUCUGCCCAUUGGAGGAUAUUACGAAGGCAACCCCCAAUGUCACUCGGGUGGAUCCAUGACACCCCUUGGAUUCGAUUUUGGCUGGAAGAUGGAUGGUUGCCAAGAUGGAACUUACUUUCUUGACAGCACCCCAGCCGGUGGUGGAGAGAUUAAGGGAUCCUGUGGCAUUGCGUCCGCGAUUGAACUCAAUGUUGUGUGUAAUGCAGACAAAUCGGCCACUCUUACUUGGUCUGGUGAAGGUUCAUCCAAUCUCGUGAUCAAGAUGAAGGGUGGAAACGGUGGAAGACUGUAUGGUGAAGGCCACAAUGGAAUGGAUUUCUUCGCUGGUCUCACUAACAAAGGAGGUCAAGCAGGCAUCAGUCACAUUGAAGUCUGUCUCAACUGUGUUGGCCCUGCUUGCUAUGAAGUAGAGGAACCUGAAACCCCAGAAGAGCCUGAGGAACCUGAAACCCCAGAAGAGCCUGAGGAACCUGAAACCCCGGAAGAGCCUGAGGAGCCCAAGUCCGGAUCCAAGGACGACAAGCCCAAGUCCGGAUCCAAGGACGACACGCCCAAGUCCGGAUCCAAGGACGACAAGCCCAAGUCCGGAUCCAAGGACGACAAGCCCAAGUCCGGAUCCAAGGACGACAAGCCCAAGUCCGGAUCCAAGGACGACAAGCCCAAGUCCGGAUCCAAGGACGACAAGCCCAAGUCCGGAUCCAAGGACGACAAGCCCAAGUCCGGAUCCAAGGACGACAAGCCCAAGUCCGGAUCCAAGGACGACAAGCCCAAGUCCGGAUCCAAGGACGACAAGCCCAAGUCCGGAUCCAAGGACGACAAGCCCAAGUCCGGAUCAAGGACGACAAGCCAUCCAAGGACUCCAAGGAGGACAAGCCCAAGUCUGGAUCCAAAGACGACAAGCCAUCCAAGGACUCCAAGGAGGACAAGCCCAAGUCGGAUCAAGGACGACAAGCCAUCCAAGGACUCCAAGGAUGACAAGCCCAAGUCUGGAUCCAAGGACGACAAGCCAUCCAAGGACUCCAAGGAUGACAAGCCCAAAUCUGGAUCCAAGGAUGACAAGCCCAAGUCUGGAUCCAAGGAUGACAAGCCCAAGUCUGGAUCCAAGGACGACAAGCCCAAGUCGGAUCCAAGGAGACAAGCCCAAGUCCGGAUCCAAGGACGACAAGCCCAAGUCCGGAUCCAAGGACGACAACCAAAUCGGAUCCAAGUCCGGUCCAAGGAUGACAAGCCCAAAUCUGGAUCCAAGGACGAACCCAAAUCUGAUCCAAGGACGACAAGCCCAAGUCCGGAUCCAAGGACGACAAGCCCAAGCCGGAUCCAAGGACGACAAGCCAAGUCCGGAUCCAAGGACGACAAGCCCAAGUCUGGAUCCAAGGAUGACAAGCCCAAGUCUGGAUCCAAGGACGACAAGCCCAAAUCUGGAUCCAAGGACGACAAGCCAUCCAAGGACUCCAAGGAUGACAAGCCCAAGUCCGGAUCCAAGGAUGACAAGCCCAAGUCCGGAUCCAAGGACGACAAGCCAUCCAAGGACUCCAAGGAUGACAAGCCCAAGUCCGGAUCCAAGGACGACAAGCCCAAGAGACAAGCCAUCCAAGGACUCCAAGACGACAAGCCCAAGUCCGCAUCCAAGGACGACAAGCCAUCCAAGACUCCAAGGACGACAAGCCCAAGUCGGAUCCAAGGACGACAAGCCAUCCAAGGACUCCAAGGACGACAAGCCAUCAAGGACUCCAAGGACGACAAGCCAUCCAAGUCGGAUCCAAGGACGACAACCAAUCGGAUCCAAGGACGACAAGCCAUCCAAGGACUCCAAGGACGACAAGCCAUCCAAGGACUCAAGGACGACAAGCCAUCCAAGGACUCCAAGGACAAGCCAUCCAAGGACGACAAGCAUCCAAGGACUCCAAGGACGACAAGCCAUCAGGACUCAAGGACACAAGCAUCCAAGGACUCCAAGGACGACAAGCCAUCCAAGGACUCCAAGGACGACAAGCCCAAGUCGGAUCCAAGGACGACAAGCCAUCCAAGGACUCCAAGGACGACAAGCCAUCCAAGGACUCCAAGGACGACAAGCCAUCCAAGGACUCCAAGGACGACAAGCCAAGUCCGGAUCCAAGGACGACAAGCCAUCCAAGGACUCCAAGGACGACAAGCCAUCCAAGGACUCCAAGGACGACAAGCCAUCCAAGGACGACAAGCCAUCCAAGGACUCAAGGACGACAAGCCAUCCAAGGACUCCAAGGACGACAAGCCAUCCAAGGACUCCAAGGACGACAAGCCAUCCAAGGACUCCAAGGACAAGCCAUCCAAGGACUCCAAGUCCAAGAAAUCCAAGUCUUCUGAUUCUCCUGAUGACAAGACCGGAGGUCCUGAUAGUCCAACCUGUGGAACCAAGAAUCCUUGGGAUGGUUUGAACUUGUGGGAAAUUGCUGAUCAAGGCAUUGAUUUCCCCACCUGCGGUGAUGUUGGUCAAGUUGAGUCACUUAAGGGUGCUCCCUUGAUGAAGGGUGGUGAAUGUGAACGGGUUAAUGUUUGCUUUGGAAAUGCUGGCAAUGGCUGGAUUCCAAAGACUGUUGACCGUGAUGCCAUCGGUGAGGACAACAAUGGUCAAGGUGGUCUUGCCAGCUUCAAUCAAAACAAUGGUGAAAACAAGAGACCAAACUAUUUCCCGGGAAGCCAGUCUGUUGCCAACCCGAAUGGAGGUGCUAAUGGUGUCAUGAAUGAAAACUGUGAUUUCGUGUGCGACCCAUGUGAAGAGUACACCUGUGAUGAUGGAACUGUUGUGAAGAGGAUUCUCCCCACCUGUGCGUUUGCGCAGUGCCCAGAUGACCAAGACAGCACUGAUGUGACCACUGACAUGGUCUUCACAAAUGGAGACUUGCAGGAUGGCAAGUGGAAUCGAGCUGACCUUUCUGGAUUCAUGGUCCGCUACAAGGAAACUAGUGGCAAGUUUGGGCUCACUCGCCAAGUGAACAUCUACUUGGAGGGUGUAAAGGAAGUAAUGAUCUUGAAGACUUUCAAGUCAUUUGUACGUGUUGACAUUGACUGGAAGGAAAGCGAAAACUACUAUGGCUCCACUGGACUCCUUGGAAGCCAUGCUCACAAUGGCGCACGACUUGGGCGUGACGGAAAGCCCAUUGAAGACUUAAAUGCAUUCGGGCAAGAAUGGCAGGUUUUGGCAAGUGAACCUCAGUUUUUCCACUCCUACGAAGGUGCUGUUGUGGCACCCAAUAAGUGCAUCCUUCCUGAUAUGGGUGUAACCAAGCAGGCACUGCGAAAGCGUCGUCUUGCUGAGGGCAUGUCACGUGAAGAAGCAGAGGCUGCUUGCAACCACUUGGUUGAUGCUGCUGAGAAGGAGGCGUGUGUUUAUGAUGUCCUUGCCACACAAGACUUGAAUUUGGCCAGUGCUUGGUAA